GCGCUUCCGGCUAAGCACUUCCGCUUCCUGUGCUCAGCGUUUACUCCAGUCCGGGCUCGGCGCUCGAGCUAGGAGGUUGUGGUGUGGGCAGGUUCGAGGCGAUUCGAGCUCCAGCCAGGAUGAUCGAGGUUGUUUGCAACGACCGUCUGGGGAAGAAAGUCCGCGUCAAGUGCAACACCGAUGACACCAUCGGGGACCUCAAGAAACUGAUCGCGGCCCAAACUGGCACCCGUUGGAACAAGAUUGUCCUUAAGAAGUGGUACACGAUCUUUAAGGACCAUGUAUCGCUGGGGGACUAUGAAAUCCAUGAUGGGAUGAACCUGGAACUUUAUUAUCAGUAGGGCAGGCCUUCUUCCUGCACUUUCCUCCUCUCCCACCUCUCACACUGCUAUGGAUGCUUGUUUUUAAAAACUCACAUUAAUAAAAGCUGAGAUGCUACUU